GGGGCCUCCGCGUCACUCUCGGCUUCCGCCUCCUUCCUCCGUCCGGCGGGUGAACUUUGAGGGGAGAAUCUUGUUGUUGUUUGGCUUUCCCCUCCCCCAACCUUCCCUUCGCUUUUUCUUCCUCUUCCUGGUUCAAGGAUGGUCGCUGCUCUCCUUGGAACUGCUCAGGAGCUCGUUUCUUCUGCCAGCCUCGCCGCCGCUGUCGCCGCCGCCGCCGGGCCCAGAAGGGGAAGCCGGGGAGGAGCCCCAAGGAGCUGAUUCCAACCCUCUCAGGUGCCUCAGGCUGAGGAGAAGCAGCGGGUGGGAGGUUGCAGUUAGUGGCUUCGCCCCCACCUGUCGCUUCCACACUUACACACACAUGUGUGUGUUUAUAGUUUUAUAUAUAGAGGGAGAGACAGCUUCUUCAUUGGUCUAUGACGUGCAAUAGGCCUUAAUGUGGAGGGGGGGGAUUGUUACCGGCGCCUUGGCCUUGUUGGUAUCCCUAUUAUCUGCAUAUUCUUAUAAUAUGCACAAUAUAAUGAAUAAUUCUCUUGCGGUUUUGUAUCUCACUCCCCUCCCCCCACCAACAGCCCCUCUUAUAAGUUGUUGGGAGGAGCACGCUAAUCUUCUCUCUCCUUCAAAAAACAAAAAAUCAUUUUCUGGUAUGUCAUGUGCAUGUACAGCCAGAGCUUAUUAUAUUCGUGAUUUAUCUGUUGGAAACAAUCGUAGAAUAUUCGUAGCAUCUUUGUUUAUAAGCAUACAGUGAGGUGGAAGAAGGGGAAUACCCCACUGUCUUUGCCCAGUGUCUACUCCACUUUGAAAUAUGGUAGCAUAAUUUACACAGUUUAGUAAGGAAUCCAGAUUACAUGGUUUUGAAUGUGCGUAUAUGGAUUAUUUGCCCAUUUUACUUCCUGUCAGCUGAUGUGGAUUAAAUGUCCUGAGUAACAGAUGGGUCCCAGAGUUCUUGGUCACCUGUAGAUAACAUAAUGCAAAUAUGUAUCAAGUUAGGUUUGUAUCUGUGGCAUAACUUCUUUGUUUGAGGUAGAUGUAUUAAUUAUGGCUUUCAUUUGUUAAGUGCAAAUAUGUUUGAUAGUAUAUGCAACAAAGAGUCUUGUGGCACUUUAAAGACCAUCAAAUUUAUUAUGGUGGUCUAGAGUCAAGUUUUUUGGUUUCAUGAUUGUAGUCUAUAAAUGUUUAUGCUGUAAUUAAUUUAUUAAUCUUUUAAGGUGCCAUAAGGCUUUUGGUGUGUUUUGCUCCAAGAGCUACCCCUUUGGAAUAGGUUUGAUUGUGUGGCUGAUUUCCUCCUUGAGACAAAAUGUCAUGUGUUGGUACCAACAUUAAUAGGCCUUUCAUGAAGAUUUAAAAAUACUGCCUGCAUCCCUCAUCUCUGCCUCCAUCCCUCAUCUGUCCAAAUAUUUUAGCUUUCAGGCAGUGAGGGCGUGUUGUAGUAUAAGGUGGCAUAAGGCAAAUUCUGAAUGGCUGCCCAGAUAGAAGCUUUCUGAGGAACAGAGUUGUGGUUUUUUAAGUUGUUAAUCAGCAGGUAUUCAUAUGCCUGGCCCUUGUUGUCAUAUUAACUUGGUCAUUAAAGCAAGUCUCUCAUUUUCAUAGAAUCUUAGAGUUGGAAGGGACCCAAGGGUCAUCUAGUCCAACCCCCUAUGGUGCAGGAAUCUCAGCUAAAGCAUCUGUGACAGAUGGCCAUCCAACCUCUGUUUACAAACCUCCAAGGAAGGCGAGUCCACCACCUCUCGUGGGAGUCUGUUCCACUGCUGAACAGCUCUUACUGUCAGAAAGCUUUUCCAAAUGUUUAGUCGGAAUCUCCUUUCUUGCAACCUGAAGACAUUGGUUUGAGUUCUACCCUCCAGAGCAGGAGAAAACAAGCAUGCUCCCUCCUCCAUAUGACAGCCCUUAAUAUAUUUGAAGAUGGCUAUCAUACCUCCUCUCAGUCUCCUCUUUUCCAGGCUAAAUAUACCCAGGUCCUUCAAGCACUCCUCAUAAGGCCUAGUUUCCAGACCCUUGAUCAUCUUGGUUGCCCUCCUCUGCACACGUUCCAGCUUGUCAACAUCCUUCUUAAACUGUGGUGCCCAGAAUUGGACACCGUAUUCCAAGUGUGGUCUGACUAAGGCAGAAUAGAGUGGUACUAUUGCUUCCCUUGAUCUGGACACUAUAUUUCUGUUGAUGCAGCCUAGAAUAGCAUUAGCUUUUUUUGCUGCUGUAUCACACUGUUGACUCAUGUUUAGCUAGCGGUCCACCAAGACCCCUAGAUCCUUUUCUCAUGCACUGCUAGUAAGCUAGGUGUCCCCCAUCCUAUAUUUGUGUAUCUAGUUCUUCAUGCCUAAGUACAGAACCUUACAUUUGUUCCUACCUAUUGAAAUUCAUUUUGUUAGCUUGCGCCCAGUUCUCCAAUCUGUUAAAGUCAUUUUGAGUUCUGAUUCUGCGGCAUUAGCUACCCCUCCCAGUUUGUUGUCAUCUGCAAAUUUGAUCAGCACCCCCUCAAUUCCUUCAUCCAAGUUGAACAAUAACGGGCCCAGGACAGAACCCUGUGGCACCCCACUUGUCGCUUUUUUCCAGGAUGACGAGGAACCAAUAAUGAGUACUUCUGGGGAUUUAAACUAUAUAUUGGGUGCAUGGUCUCCAUCCAUUUGCAAUCACAUGCCUAUUUUUAAAUAACACCAUUUCAUAAUUAAAUAGGCUUAUGUGUCGAGAUGAAGGGUACAGAUCCACUGGUGAAUUCACCCUUUAGAAAUGGUAAUGUUUUGAAUUAUAUUUAGAAUUAGAAAACAAAUUUGGAGGGAGGAAUAUUUAGCUUGUGAAAAUAUUGCUGUUGUAAGCAAAACUGAUUAAGAUAUAUUUACUUUUUACUCAGGACUUACAUUUUAGAUGUGCCUGUUUAUAUAAUUUUGACAAGUGUUGUGGCUCCUUCACAUGCUACUAUUUAUCAUUCUUGCCUUGAAACCAUUUGCAGCUAGAGAUUAAACCACAGUUUCUGAUCAAACCCCAGAAUAUUCUUUCGUGGGUUGGUGAGAGACAGAGAGAGGAGAUGGGACACAGCACUCAUUCUCUGUUCAAUAAACUAUGGAUUGUUACCUAUACAUUUGAAUCAGGCCUUUAUUGUUAAUAAACCAAAGUCUACUAAUCCAUGCAGAAAUGUAAAUGUAUGUCAAUCUGUAUUACAGAGAUUAAACACUGCUAGUGAAACAUAAAAAUGAGUGGCCGUCGAAAGCGUGCUCCUCCAUCGAGGAUCAAUGACGAGAAAAAGAAGCAGCUCUGCUGGAAUAUGCAUGAUGACCGUAAAAAUGAAGUGAUAGAUUUGGAUGCAGUGGAUGAAGGCCAACCUCUUGCAGGCACAAGCUCAUCUUUUACAACACAUGUUGUUAUAAAUGAUGAUAGCACUGAUGAAGUUUCGACGCUCAAAGUAAACAACCUAAAAUCAUUGAGCUUUUCAACCAUUUUGGAUGAAGCAGAAGAUUCCUGCCAUCUCUUGAAUUCUAUAUCCAUACAGCUAAAUAUUGUGAUAUUUCCUUAUAUUUCUGAUUCUAACUGGAAAACCUUGCUUGGAGAGUUCAUUCUGCAACCUCUUCCUGGUCAACAACUAAGUGAGAAUGUCCAUAAAAAGAGUUUUACAUUGAUGAGAGCAGAACCUAGUGAUCAUUUGCGUAUCUGUAUUCAUGCAAAGAACGUUGAGAAGGUGGAUGAGAGGGAAGAAUCAUUACAGAACACUUACCAAGAAGACGUGUUAGUUGAAUCAUCUUUAAAUAAUGAAAUGUUAGAAGACUUGAUGUGGCUGCAAAAGAAGAGAGUAAUUGUACUUUGUCAAAGAUCCGGAGAUGGCCAGUGCUUAAAGGUACUUGAUUUACGUAAUUAAUAAGACUUCCUAAUUGCUAAGAAUAAGCCAUUUAUUUCGUACUUGGAAUUAACAUAUUACGUGAACAUCUGGCAGCACCAUAAUAUAAUUCAAAGAGUACCCUUUCUGUUUGAUUUUCAGAGAAUUGUCUCUAUUUACAUUAACAACAUUGUCAUGCAUAUUUAUUCAGAAUUAAAUUCCAUUGAGUUCAUUAUGCACAUAAUCCUAAAUAUGUAUAGGAUUGCAAUGUAACAUUGGUCCAAUAAAUAUUAAAAGUUAGCCAAAUGCUUGCCUGCAACAUGAACAUUAUAGGUAGUUUUUUUGGUAAGAUUUAGUUUAGCAUAUCCUAGGAUCCAGGAAGCUGUAGUUUACUCAUACCAUGGAAUGUUAUCUGAGCCACUUGGGGUCAAAUAUAACAUUAUAAUCAGGAUUACAUGUAGAAUCCCCAAUUUAUGCUUGACUAAGGCUUACAUCUGAUGGACUUUGGGCUCCCACAGAGAGCAUUGACAUUUCACACGUGAAGGUUUAUGUUAUUAGGGAAGUUAGAUUAUUUUCAGACUGCUAAAUGUCACUUAUUUGCACUGUCUGCUAUCUAGCUUCUGGGCAUAAUUCAAACAGCAGUUGGCUGAAGGAUGUAUUGGUUACAGUUUUUGACUAAGAACUGGGAGACCAGGGUUCUAGCCAUGAAGCUCACUAGGGGGCCUUGGGCCAAUGAGUCAAUGUCUCUCAGCCUAGCCUACCUCACAGGGUUGUUGUAAGGAUAAAAUGGAGAGAUGGAGAUCCAUGUGUGCCACUGAGCUUCUUGGAGGAAAUGCGGGAUAUAAAAGCAAGCAAGCAAAAAAUAAAAUAAGGCAUCUGGGGAUUGGGUAGACUGUUUUUCCUUGAGUAUUGUUGCUUUGAUCCAUGGCUGUGCUUACGGGAAAAUAAUUAUAAUGGAAAAUCUAAUAAUGGAUCACCCACAUACAUAUAAUUUGGUCCUUCAGCCACAAGUUGCCAAGGGUGGUCACCUAUGAACUCUGCAAUUCUAGCCAUGUUUACUUGGAAGUAAGUCCUAUUAAAUUCAGUGGGGGUUGCUCAUGGGUAAGCAAGUUUAGAAUUCCAGUUUAGUCACCAGUAAGCUUAUGAUCUUUUUCUCACUUUUUCUCUCCUUUUCUUACAUGUUCCAAAAUUCAUCUAAAAACUACAUUCACAGGUUGGAAUGUAUCUUCUUGAAGUUGGCUUAAGCAAGCUAGAAUUCCUUAGUGAUGGUGGUGGCAGAAUAAAAAAAGCUAAUCAACUUAUUCAAAAACUGAUGGAAAAAUUCUACCACUUCAUAAUUCCAGGUAAUCUUAUUUGAUAAUAUUGACACAUAUUGGUUAUACCAUUAAAACAUAUAUAUGAGUUUUGAGGGAAAUGUUCUUAUCUUGGUGUUACAUUUAGGUGACCUUAAUUUAUCUUCUAAAUUCUGUUUCUGGAGUAAAGAAGGUUUUAGCUUCUCUUAAUGUGUGGAAAGCAGAACAUAAAUUAUUUAAAGUCUGUCACAUUUGUCAGUGACUUUUGAUACUUUUAACUUGAGUAAACGGCACACAUACACAGAAUAUUCUCUGGUACAGCAAAGUAACAGGACAUACUUCCUUCAGCUCAGGGGUGAGGAUUCUGGAGAUAAUCAAGAAAUGAAAUGCCUGCCAAAUGACAUAAAGGUAUAUGGAAAUGUGGCCUAGAGUUGGGUGUGCCUUUAUAUAAAGAGCAGAAUAUGUGUGAUUCAGAAUCAUGUAGAAAUAUAUCCCUGUAUGUCCUGCACUAUCAUUCAAUUGUUGGUCUAGGACUCUAGGCAAUACCUGUGCUAUGUUGGUCAAAUCUAUGCUAAUAAUAUUUAUCCAUAAUAAUAAUAAUAAUAAUAAUAAUUUAUUAUUUAUACCCCGCCCAUCUGGCUGGGCUUCCCCAGCCACUCUGGGUGGCUUCCAAAAAAAUAUUAAAAUACUAUAAUACAUCAAACAUUAAAAGCUUUCAUAUUUCAUAUGAAAAUAAGCAAUAACUUUAUUAGAAAGAUAAUGUUUUGACCUCCAGACUCUGUAGAGAACAUCAGUCCAAACUACUGUACCGAAAUGGUCAAUUGUUGCACAAUAUUGCUAGAGAUGUGUCAUGUAAACUGGCAUGAUUUCUUUUGAAAUUGGUGAAAUUGUGCUGAGUAAAUGAAACCGACAACUCUGUUUUGUGCAUUUUUAGAUGUCUAUCUUUAGUUAAAUAUAUGUAUUCUUGGCUCAUAAUGUGUAAAGUGCACAUAAUGUGUAAAGUAGUCACAAUUCGCUUGUAAAGUUGAAAAAAAAGUGAUGAUUGAGUAUAGUGAAUCAAUGCAUAAGUUGCACAUUAUUACCAGUGGAGACCCACACAGAAUGGCAGAGGAGAGUGGAAGAAAAAUAACUUGGCCUUGCAUUUUUAAAUGUCUUUUGAUUCUUCAUUCUCUCCCUUCAUCAUCUGCUCAAGCCCUUACAUGUUCCUCUUCCUUCUGUUCAACCCUAUCUCUGUUCAUAGUCACUCCACUUAUUUUUCUUACUUUAUACAGUGAGGGUGGGAAGUGGUUGGCUAUUAAAGGAUAGCAUCUGGUUUUCUGCAUCACAGCUGCUGCAAGAGGAUUUGUUCAUCAGUAGCAAAUUUAAUCAACACAUUAAUUAUAAUAUUAGCACCUUCACUGUUCACCAAGUACAAGGAAAGUGUUGUGAAUGAAAUCAAGAUUUUGUUUUUUAAAAUUGUGAACUGAUGUUGGUACUGUAAGCUUUUUAAAUAAUGGAAAUAUAUUAUAAUUUCUUAAAACAAACUCAGUACUUUAAAAAUUGUAUUCUAGCCAGUUCCUAGUAUUAUUUAUUGGUCAUGUUUUUGAUCUUAAAAGAGAGCCAAGUUCUCUUCUUCCCCUCCAAGAACUAUUUGGUAUUGUACCUAAGAUUGGGAACAACAAGGUACUGAAUUAAUAUUUCCUAGUACAGGGAUACUAUUUUUACCCAUUUGUUUUGUUACUUCAUUGCAGUACGUUUAAGGUAUUGCAAACAUUACUGACUGUGAAUCAGUGCCAUACGGUUCUUUUAGAUAUUCUGGAGGAAGAUGAGGAGGAAUCCGAUAGAGAUAUAGAGCGGCAAAAUAUUGAAGAGCUUUAUGACUAUGUGAGGCAUACACACCAAAAAGAAAUUCAGUUUUUGAAGGAGAACGUACAGCACUCUGCACUGAUUCCUGUAUUGAGGCCAUACCAAACUGAGGCUGUAAACUGGAUGCUUCAACGUGAGAACUUCAAAAAUGUACCAGCCAAUGGCAAGUAUCUUGAAAAAGGCAACAUAAAUAUAUAUCUUGAUUACAUUGAUACUGAUAGAAAUUCAUGACGAUGUAUUAGUUAUAAGAAAGUCGCACAUCAUUCCCCCACCUCAGGUAGCAAAAAUUCGAUGCCCUGCUUGUGUGAAUAGAACUGCUUUCUGCUAAGGCAAAGUUGCCAUUGAAUACAACCCACUGUGCAUCCUGAAUUGCUGAUCUGAGACAUGCUCAUAUUGCAUACAUCAGCACUUAGUUUAUACACAACAUAAGGGUUGUUUGUGUUUCUAACAUACCAGGUGUGGCAUUAAUGUGCAUCACUUGGUUCAGAAGUGGCGAAUUACGAAUAGAACCCCCUUUAGGGAAAUUUCAUUCCCCCUCUCCCAUAUUUAUAUUUUUGGCAAUUUCCUUCCUAGUUAUUGCUUAUUUCCUUGAUGCUGUAGGCAGGAAAUGUAUGUAACCUGAAUCUUAGAUUAUUCCAUCUGGAAUAUAGUAGGUACUCCAUGUAAAUUUCCAUUUAGGGCAACUGGGUUCUGGGGAUGGCUUAAAUGCUGGAAACCUGCUUAUGAGCUCUGAGAGUUAGUUUCUGUAGAUUACGUGUGAUUCAUAGUUCCUAUUUAAUUUACACAAUUAUCUUGAGAAGGAAUAAAAUAGACCUACCAUAGCACACAACUAAGAGUAAGCUGUGGGUCAGAAAGUCUCUGGUUCAUAUCUAAUAAUGAUCAUAAACUCACUAGUUGGUCUUAGGCAUGUACUUGGACAAGUUGUCUUUCAAGCUUCUUGAUCUGUAAAACUGGGCUUAAUAAUGCUGGUUUACUUUAUGGGAUUACUGUAAGGAUUGUGUAUGUAAAACACUAUAAAGUACUAAGUGGUGGUGUUAUCCAGAUUUACAAUCUGGUCAUUUAAGGGUCUUGUAACUAUUUGUACUGGGUUCAUUUAAUCUUAUAGAAGCUGAAGGGGCAUUGGUCUGUAACAGAACAUAGGGCUCGAGGGAUUGUGGAAUGAUCAAAUAAGAUUCCUCAGAGCUUCAGUUUCUGUACUUUCAACUUUGAAGAUAAGCGAAGACCCAGUCAAAAUAAAUUUAAAUCAUAUGAGUAGAAUUUGUAUGAAUCUCAUUGUUUUCUUCUUUCUCUCAGUAGAAAAUGCACUCCACUUCUUAUGGAGAGAGUUUAUUACUUUAGAUGGACUAAAACUGUACUAUAAUCCUUUUACUGGCUGGUAAGGAUUAUUGGUCUUAUUAUUACAGCCAAAGUGCAUACAAUUUAAGUAAUUGUGUUUAAUGCUAUAAAUAUCACUCCAGCACUUGUUUUAUGAAAAUGCCUUAAUGUGACUAUUUCCUAGAUUUAACCAAUAAGAAAUUAUAUAAAUAUCUUUUGAAUACUUCUGAAGAUGAGAAAGGAAAAUAUGACAUAGAUUGUGAAAGGAAUUAAAACUGUUAGUGUGAUUUCAUAGAAUCAUAGAAUUGUAACUUGAAAGGGACCCUGAGGGUCAUGUAGACCAACCCCCUGCAACACAGAAAUCUCAACACAUGGUCCCCCAUUUGAAAGCAUAUUGGAUCCUGCUUCGUUUUGCAAAUGAGCAGUUUUAUUUAAUUCUGUGCUUGAUUGAUAAUGAAAUAUAUAUAUCAUCUCCUUUCUGUUCUUAAAAAAACGUGUAGGUGCUAGGAUUAAAGCAACUCUUGUGAUGGAUUUUGUUAUGUGUACAUCUUAAAUAUUAGAGACUGAGUUGUCCACGAUCCUUCUCCAAAUGCAUGUACUUUUAGAAUGUUACCUACUUCAGAAAAUGCCAAUGUAGUCAUUUGCUUCUGUUAAAUUUGUGAUCAGAAAUUAUACAUACACAUAACAUGUUCUUAACUAGGAUGAAUCUUUGGUCUUCAGCAUUAUUCGUGAACGCCCAGUUGCUGGGCCUCAGUGGCCUGGAGGAAUAUUGGCAGAUGAGAUGGGCCUUGGAAAAACAGUAGAAGUAUUGUCCCUUAUCCUGACACACACUCGAAAGGAUGUUAAACAGGAUGCUCUGAUGUUACCUGAGGUGAGAAAUUUGUAGUAGGUGUGAGAAUGAAGCAAAUGGUUCCAAUACUUGAGAAGUGAUUUGGUCCUUGCUGGGGUAGGUGGUGAGGGGAGAAGAGACCAUUCUUGGUAGCAGAACAUUGAGCUAGGGGUUUAUUAGAACUGCUCUUUUAUGUUUAUAUUCAUAAUAAAUUAUUCAUUUUUUUCAUUUCCACAAGUCUUUCGCUUCAUGUCCCUCCAUAAUCAAAUCCCAUUUUAUUAAAAAUGGGGGGGGGGAGUUCUAAGGAGUUUAAGCAUAUCUAUACAAAAACAAACAUGGGACUGGUUGCUUAACAGUGUAUCUUCAGCAUUAAUAAAUACAACUUUAAAAUCUCUCUAUAAAUUGAGCAAGAAUUUACCACUCAGCCUCGGGUUUAUGUUGGACCAGAUUGUAUGCUUAUUUUUUGACAUGCCUGAUGUUUUUCGACUGAAGUUCUUACUAUUCUACAAUAGAUUACAAGUUACCAUCUAGAACCAAAUGCCAAAUUGGUCCAGAACUGAACCUCCUGAAUUGAACAAAUUGAUAUGCAACCUACAUAAUCUGGUUGAUCAUAAUAAAUUUCGUAUUAGACAAUUUUAGAAGAUACCAGAAGCACCAAGUUUCACAGAAUAGGGUUCAUGAAAGUCAGGAAAAUUGUUUUUGUUGACAAAAUUUAUGUACUUCUCCUAGGGCCAAGCAAAAUAUACAGCAUUCACUAGGCUAAGCUUAUUGAGAGAUGAUCUUUAUUUGUAAAUUACUAGAAUAACAAAUUUCAGGUCAAUGUACAACCUUAUGUGUUUUUUUCUAUGUUUUGAAGACCUUGCCUCAUACCUGUACAUUGCUGUAGCUCAUAUUCUAUAUACUAGGGCCAAUCUGGUAAUAGCAAAUUAAUAUUUUCUCUGUGCCCAGUCAAUUUAUUAUUAACUUUUUCUUUUACUAUUUUAUGUUGGUCAUUAUCAAACUCUCAUUUUGUCCCAUGAUGUCGUUCCUUUUGUACAAAGACUUCUGCUUAUCUGGUGGAAUUUCCCCUCUUCUCUCCUCCUGCCCACCACCAAAUUUUUAAAUACCUUUAAAUAUUAGUUUUUCACUUCAGCUGGGAUAUCUGUUUGAUAUCACCAAUCUUCACCAUAUUGUUAGUGAAUUGUUACUGUUUGCCAUUGAAUCGUCACAGCAAGCAUUACACCCCCAGCCUUAGUUUUUCUAUGUGUUUUCAAAACCAGAGAGUCACUACAGUGGUGCCCCGCAAGACGAAUGCCUUGCAAGACGAAAAACUCGCUAGACGAAAGGGUUUUGCAUUUUUUGAGUCGUUCCGCAAGACGAAUUUCCCUAUGGGCUUGCUUCGCAAGACGAAACGUCUUGCGAGUUCUUGCGAGUUUGUUUCCUUUUUCUUAAAGCCGCUAAUAGCCGCUAAUAGCCGCUAAUAGCCGCUAAGCCGCUAAUAGCCGUGCUUCGCAAGACGAAAAAACCGCAAGACGAAGAGACUCGCGGAACGGAUUAAUUUCGUCUUGCGAGGCACCACUGUAGUUAAUAUUCAAAUAUUCUUGGCAUGCUUGUUUAAGAUACAUUAAUUGUGCGUCAGACUCAGUGAUGCAAAUGUUAAUUUUGUGAAGCAGGUCAGCAUGGUAGCUGAACGUAAAUCUGAUAUUGUUAAAAUUAUCUCUUAGGGUUUUUUGGUAAACUUCUUUGUUCCGCCUCAACCUAGUGAAGGAAGCAAAAAGAAAAGCAUAAAGAAAAUGGAACUUAAAUUGAAGGAAAAAGUGCACUAUCCUAGUAAGUGUUCUUCAGUAGGUUUAAUUUGCCAGAAGCAAUAAUAAGAAAUAUGUACCAUUUACAGUAGAUUUGGUACUGGGUCUAAAGGCUCCUUCCUGCAGAAACAUCUAACUAGCACAAUUUCUGUUCUCAUCCUGGAGCAAAGUUCUUAACCUGAAGCACUAUGUCUGGGUUAGCGGAGUCUGUAACCUGAAGCAUAUGUAACCUGAAGCGUAUGUAACCUGAAGCGUAUGUAACCCGAGGUACCACUGUACAUUCUGCCUCUGUUUCCUACUAUUCUUUGUACCAAUUUGGUGCAACAUAUUUGCAGAUACAUUUAUUGCUGCAUAAAAAUGAUUGCAGAGAUUGAUAAUAUAAAAUAACUGACAGAUCAGUACUGCAAGACAUAUUUCGGAUUUCUGUAUAUUACAGAAGAGCCAAAGUCCAUGUAUUAGUGGUGCACGUGUUACAUUUUACUUUGAUACACAGAUGCAGACAUGGUUCCCAUAUCAGUGGGGGGACUCAUUCAGAUGUCUCAAGCAGACAUUAGGGAACACUGUUGAGAAAAAUUUUUGAGAAGUUGCUGAGGCAUGCAUGAGGUCGAAGGAAAAAUGGGUUUUGGUCUUUCAAAAAAACCACACCUUUUAACAUGAAAAUCAUUUGUAGCAUAUAUGUAAUGAAUAAAGCAUUUACUACAAAGCCCCCCAAAUUUAUCUUUAUUUAUUGAGGUUUUAGUAUAUGAUAAUGAUGCUUUUCACAUCAGGGCAGGUCCUAAAUUGAUUGCAUGCAAUUGAAUAAUUAUGUUUAAGGUUUCCCCCAGAAAAUUAUUUGAAAUACUGCAAUAGGUUCCUUUAAUUUUGUUAACUUUUCCUAUUAAUUAAUUUUGCAGAACUGAUUAUAGAUGAAAAUUAAUGUUACAUCAAUAAAAAAAAGAAUAGUCGGUGCUGCAUUAGUAUUGUAUUGGAUUUGAAAUUGUUCUUCAUUUUGAGAUGUUUUCAUGGAAAGUGAUUCCUAAAUAAAUACAUAAAUACUGUUAAAAUCUUAACAUUAUUUUGUGACCUCUUUUUGCACAACUAAUCGUAGAUAUUUAUGCCUUCACAAUAGGUUUGCGAGUGAUGCUCUUAACAGCUAUAAAAGAAAUGAAUGUGAAGAAGGGAGCAUCUAUUGUGGCAAUUUUUAAGUAUGUCCAUGCCAUAUACAAGUAUGACACACACAGAAACCGUCGCAUUCUUAAAAGGACUCUGGAAAAAUUAAUUGCAGAGAAGGUAGUGGAACAGGUCAAAGGACAUGGUCUUGCUGGUUCUUUCAAGCUGGGCAGAAACUACAAGGAACAGAAAUUUUGUAAUAAAUUCAAAAAAGAGGUAACCUGGGAGUUUUUUUUUAAUUCAUGGAGGGAAUAAUUUCUGUUUAAGUGUUUUGAUACAUGUCCAUUAUAGUGGUUUUGGGAAUGGGAGCAAAUGAAAACAGAGCAGCUAAGUCAAUUGAACAAGAGCUGAUAGAAUUCAGGGUGUAAUCGCUGUGUAGGAAAUCUGAUCUGGAUUUGCCAUUGGAUAUUUUCCGCCAUCUCCUUUAAUGACUGUAGUCUCAAAAGUUGUUGUGAGAUAUCUUCAUAUCAAUCCCUGAACAUUUUAAUGGGUUGAAAUAAUUGCAUGUAAUUUAGGCCAGGGAGAACUGGGUAUUAACCCCAAUGGCUGAUAACGAGGAUGAAUGUACUUAUAAUGUGCAGUAGAUCUCUUGGGUGUAAUGCUAUUACACUGUUUAAUGAAUUACAGAUGUGUUGCAUCUGUGUAGUUUGGGGUGUAGUUUCUCAGUGUUAAACUGCAGUGCUGAAUUAGAGGAGAAAAAGAACUGAAAAUGUAUAACGCACACAUAUUUAUAUAUAUAUAUUCCUAUAUGCAUUAAAAUGUAAGAUGUCAACACUGCAAUUUGCAUGGCCACUGAUAGGCAACCUAUCAGUGAGCUGUUUAUUGGAAGGAGUGGGAUGCUGUAGCAGAGUUUAAUGGGGAAAGCCCUUCACACAGUAGUUGGGCAGGUAAGGGUUGAGAUAUAAAAGGGCGGUGGGGUGGGGUUGGUUAGGUGUGUGGAAAGGGCAAAGGGGUUGGUGAACAGAGCAGGGGUGGCAACCCCUAGUAAGAGUGUGUGUGUGUGUUUCUUUGUUUGGAACUCCCUUUAAAAAGUCUUGUAAAAGUCUACUCAGUAUCCCUGAAAGUGUAUUUUGUUCCAAACAUGCACAGAAUGCAGCAUGCACAUUGGGACUUUUCCAGCUCCCCUUCCCUUGUGCCUCCUAAUGAAGUGUUUGAUUUAAUCCAGAGUGUUUUUAUGAAGCUGAAAAAGCAAAAUAAGUUUAUUUUAUUUGUUUGUUUUAGAAAAUAAAAACUUCAGCUAGGGUUCAGAAGAAAAAUUCACCAGAAAAUAAGAAUGAAACCAAAGAAUUGGGAGAUGAGGGCACGUGCUAUCCAAAUGGUCUUAAACUAUCUCAGGCAGUAGACAUCACAGCAGAAGAGCAUGAUUACUGUACAAGAAGCAAAGAUAAUACAAAAUCAGAAAUGGAUCCUAAGGGCUGGAUAAUGCAAGAAGAUUCUCUGCAUAGAACUUCUGACUUGCAAGAAAAUAGGCCUAUUUCAAAAAACAAAACGUAUUCUACUGACAUUUCUAAAAAAGAUGAUGAAGCUGAAGAGCAGCAAGACAACUCAGAAGGCCAGUCUCCAGCCUCUCAAGAACACACUGGCAUUUUUGUACCACAUCCUGGUUCUAUUUUUCCAUUCAAUACCUCUGAUUAUCGCUUUGAAUGCAUAUGUGGUGAGCUUGGCUUGGUUGACUAUAAGGCCCGUGUGCAGUGCCUGAACUGCCACCUGUGGCAGCAUGCUGAGUGUGUGAACUACAAAGAAGAAAAUCUAAAGAUCAAGCCCUUUUACUGUCCCCAUUGCCUUGUAGCAAUGAAACCAGUUCCAACAGGAGCUACUCUGAUAAUCUCUCCAAGUUCUAUCUGCCACCAGUGGGUUGAUGAGAUUAACAGGCACGUGAGAUCAUCUUCUCUUCGAGUGUUGGUAAGAAAAGGUGUUGUUUCACAGCAAUCAAUAGGGGAAGUAUACUAUGUUGAGGUAGAGUGUAGCAAAUGCAGUUAUUAAGUGAGUAGAAUGAAAAUAUUUUCACUCCUGGGUAGUUGUUAAAAUACAUGCCCAGCAUUUCAGUACAUUUUGAUAUUGGUAGUAAUCCUUAAGAUUUUUUUUGCAGGAUAGAUUGAUUUAUAUUAAGACAAUUUAAAUCAGUGAUUUAAAAUCAACAAGGAAAAAAAUGCCAAUGUAAAUCAAGGGCUGUAUCCAACAAAAUUGGUCAUGCAAAUACUUGUCCUUUUGUCGCAGAACUUCCUCUUAUCUUCUGAAAAAGAUUAUUUCUUGUAAAUCUUUGUUUCUAAAGUAGUCAGUUCUUGAUUUAGCAAUCAUUUCUGUCAUGAAACUUGAGAGCCAAGUUAUAGAGAACCUACAUUUUUUAACCACAGCAUGCUUAACUGUGAAUAAAGCUGUCAUCAUAGUAUUAAAAUCCUCUUGCAAGGCAGGAAAUUUUCAGCUUCUCAGUGUUCUGUGUCUCUCCCCCUCCCUCAAUUUAAUUGUCAAUGCUUUCUCUCAUGUUCAUUGUGCCCAAAUUUAUGCAGGUUUAUCAAGGAGUGAAGAAGCAUGGUUUCUUGCAGCCUCACAUCUUGGCAGAGCAGGAAGUAGUGAUCACCACAUAUGAUGUCCUUCGUAGUGAACUGAACUAUGUGGACAUUCCUCACAGUAAUAGUGAAGAUGGACGCCGUUUCAGGAACCAGAAGCGUUAUAUGGCUAUCCCAAGUCCCUUGGUAGCUGUGGAGUGGUGGAGAAUUUGCCUGGAUGAAGCACAGAUGGUAGAAUGCACCACUGCAAAGGUGAGAAUGAACAUGAGUUGCUUGGGUAUGACCCUGUUGAACAUGUACAACAUAAAAGCAAAUGAAAGAGCCUACUUGUAUACCCUUUUAACACGCGGGCAUAUAAAUUUGACCUUAACAUUUAUUCUUCUGAAGUGACUAAUAUAGUUUCCCUUGGAGGUGUUACUAAAUGUUUUAUCUGCCGGAGGUUUGACUUGCUAUGAAGCUUAGUACUUUUUUAUAAUUUAAUCUCUUAACACAAUGUAUUCUGACAGUUUAAAGAACUAGGUCAUCAUGUAUAUUACACUGCUUGAUAGUUGAAAGCAAGAUGUUAGUCUGUUUCAGUGCCUAUCUAAACAGGCAGAGGGUCUGCCCUUGGGUCUAGAAGCUGUAAAACGGUCUUUAUUGACAUUAAGAAAUAUUAAGCAGGACCAUUUCAGCUGUUUGCAAAGCGAUACUGCUGUGAAUACCUGCUCACCUCCGGUAAAGGAAUUUCUUGGUGGAUGACAUUGCAUAUUUGAACAGCUAAUCUUUUGAACAGUAACAAUGUGAUAUUCUCAUUCUCUCUCUCUCUCUCUCUCUCUCUCUCUCUCUCUCUCUCUGGGUGUGUGUUGUGUAUGGAUUGGAAUGAGAGAGAGAGAUGUUGGAACACACCCACAAUGGGUGUAUCCUCAUUCAGAUCAGAUAGCUGUUCAGUUUUACUGAGGACCACCAUGUGUACAAAUGAAUAGGCAUCUGUAAAGUAGAGUGAAGGAAAGAACCCAGACGAUAGUGGGAAUGAGGGGAAUGGGUUCCAGAAGCAGGCUUGCUGAAGAAAGGAAGGGGAGGCUGAAUUGCAGUGAUAUGGAGUGUAGGAAAUUGGAACAAUGUGUAAAAGUAUUCCAGUUUGAAGAAACGAGAAGCUAUGGAAAAGUAGUCACACCAUGUCUGUGAAUAUAAGGGGCUUUGUUCUGAUGGCAAGAUGCAGUAAUGAUGGCAGGCCAGGAACUCACUGAGUAGGAAAAUAGAAAUGGAAUGCUGUCUCAGUACUUCAGUUUGCAUUGCUCAAAUGUUCAGCCUUUUUCACCUUUUCCCUGUUCACAAAACUGAGCCAUAGCAGUGUGGACAGUGCAGGUUGUUGGGAUAUUCCAGCUGAGCAUUUUUCACUAGGACUCUUUCUACUGGUUGGUCUCUAUAGGGGGAUGAAAUAGAAAGGUGGGGAACUACCAUGUCGUCAAUUUCCUAAAGCAGUUAUUCUUCACUUACCAUUGUGGUAUUCAUCCUUGCCAUUCAAGUCAUGUAGGAAGUACAUUUAGAAAGCGUGGUGGCAGGUGGACCCUUAGUAUUGCUUAAUAUUCUUGGGCUAAGCAUGAGGUUGUUCCUAGUAGUCAUGGGCUUUAAUUAUAUUUUCUAUAAUAUUUUAUUAGGCUGCAGAAAUGGCUCUCCGUUUGAGUGGAAUCAAUCGCUGGUGUGUCAGUGGCACACCAGUGCAACGAGGAUUGGAAGGUGAAUAGUAUAGCUAAUCUUCUGUCUAUAUCAACAAGCAUGCAGUAAUGGCAAGGGUAUUUUGGUCCAAACUCCCUUCUAGAAAGCAAUUCUUUUUUUUAAAUCCAGAAUAUUUGUGUCCUGGCUAUCCAACAGCAUAUUGUUCAAGACAGCUAAUAAUAAAAGAGAAUCCAUCAAGUGCAAACUAAAGCAUAUUUAAAAUACACCUUAAAAAUCACAUACCAAAGAAAAAAGCAGCACAAAAAAACAAAAACAGUACUAACUGUACCUACAAGUAGGUCUUCUCUUAUGUUCCCACCAAAUGUACCUAUGACAUUGGUGAGAUACAGACAGUGACCUCAUUUGCAGAUCUUAAUGCCCAGGCAAGUUUGUACUGGAGCAGGCAGUCCUUCAGGUACACUGAUGCCAAGACAUUUAGGACUUUAAUGGUCAAAAGCAGCCCUAUUUUGAUUUGGGCUUGGAAACUAAUUUGAAAUCAAUUCAUUUGUUGUGAUCAGAGUCACAUGCUCCUCAUCAGCUACUCCAGUUAGCAGUCUGGCUGCAGCAUUUUGGACCAACUGCAAUAGUCCAAAUGUACGUAGAGCCCAGCAUCCUAUUUUCACAGUAGCCAACCAGAUGCCUAUGGGAUGCCCACAAGCAGGACAUGAGCACAUCAGCAGUUUCUCCACUUGUGUUCCCUAGAAACUGUUAUUCAGAGGCAUACUGCCUCCAGUACUAGAGGUACAUGGCAGGUAGUCAUUUAUAACCUUAUAUUUCAUGGGUUUAACCCUGUGUUUAAGACUCCAUCUUGUGGUAGUAAAUUCCAGAGUUAAGUUGGGUGCUGUAUGAAGAAAUGCUACCUUUUGUUUCUCAUGAAUCUUCUGACAUUCAGCUUCAUUGCAUGGCACCAGGUUCUACUAGCUAGGGCAUGUGUUGCCAUGGCCAAAUUCGUACCUCAAGUAAAGGAUGUAGUUGACAUACUAGCCAAAGCUAUGCAAACAUAGUUCCAGCAACAACCUGUUGCCUGUGUAUCCAGUUUCCAGGAUUACUCCCAAAGUGUGAACUUCAUUGAUCAAGGGAAGUGGGACCUUCUCUAAAACAGGAUGAACUCCAACUUUUUGAUCUGCAGUAUUAUAGAUUAUGACAGUGUUGGCCAAACUUGGGUCUCCAGCUGUUUUGGGACUACAAUUCCCAUCAUCCCUGACCACUGGUCCUGUUAGCUAGGGAUGAUGGGAGUUGUAGUCCAAAAAAACAGCUGGAGACCCAAGUUUGGCCAACACUGGAUUAUGAGCACCUAAUAAUUGCAUUUACAAUUGGCAUCUAUUCGUUUUUAGUAGUAAACUUAAGAAACGACAACAACAAAAAUAUUUUUUUAAGCACUGGGAAAUUUUCUACCCUGUAUCAUUGCCACCAUGCAGUAAUCCUUGUUCAGGAAAGCCUCCUAAGAAUUAGGAGGAAACUGGAAACUGUCCUUCCAUGAACUUCCAUAUAAAAUUUACAUUUGUGAUUGAAGCCUAGAUUUUGAAAAAUGUCAGUGCUUUGAAAUUGCUGGUGGACUCUGUGUGAUACUUUUAAGGGAAUGUACUGCUUAUUUUAAGCUUUCACAAAGAUUUGGUUUUAUACGCAGCACCCAAGUUCGAUCUCUCCUCCCCCCAAAAAGCAAGCGUGAAGCAAUUUAACUUGUCAGGCUUCGCUAAGUUGAAUUGUGUAUAAGUUUUUUUUUUUAAAGGUAUUUCUUGCAUGCAGUAAAAUGUGCUGUUCCUUUGCCAUAGAUUUAUAUGGAUUAGUACUGUUCCUUGGAGCUGAUCCUUACUGGGUCAAAUAUUGGUGGGAUCAGCUUCUGUAUCGACCAUACUGCAGGAAAAACACACAGCCUCUCUACAACUUCAUAGCCAAGAUAAUGUGGAGGUCAGCAAAGAAGGACGUGAUUGACCAAGUAAACACACAAGUUCUAAGAAUAUGUUCAUAGACAACAUUUUUCACCCAAUACUUGAGUUACUCAUUUGUCGUUUCGUUUUAUUAUUAGAUUCAGAUCCCUGCUCAGACAGAAGAUACACACUGGCUCUAUUUUUCUCCUGUGGAGAGACACUUUUAUCAUCGCCAACAUGAGGUCUGCUGCCAGGAUGCUCUGGCAAAACUCAGGAAGAUUUCUGAUUGGUCCCUCAAACUUAGCAGCUUGGAUCGGAGGACAGUUGCUUCCAUUCUGUACCCUUUGUUGCGCUUGAGGCAGGCCUGCUGUCACCCGCAAGCUGUACGUGGAGAAUUCCUCCCACUGCAGAAAAGGUUAAUUACAUUUAUUCUUAAAGUGACUCUAGACCUCUCAUAAUUACGGGACUCUUAUACUGAUGUACCUGGGUCAGUGGGGCUUAUUUCUGGGUAGACUUACAAUAUUGAAAUGUAAAGGUUGGGCAUUUUCUGUAGUUACUCUAAAGUCAGUUGGUGGGUGAAAUUCACCAGUUCGGUAUAUGAAAGAGAAAGCUAUUUGUUAUUCAUUUGGACUUCAUAUUCCAGGCAGUGACUCUAGAAAUAGUAGAGUACUUGUGAAGUUGAAUUUACAGUGGUACCUCGAGUUAAGUACUUAAUUCGUUCCAGAGGUCCUUUCUUAACCUGAAACUGUUCUUAACCUGAAGCACCACUUUAGCUAAUGGGGCCUCCUGCUGCCAUGCCGCCGCAGCACGAUUUCUGUUCUCAUCCUGAAGCAAAGUUCUUAACCCGAGGUAAUAUUUCUGGGUUAGCGGAGUCUGUAACCUGAAGCGUAUGUAACCUGAAGCGUAUGUAACCCGAGGUACCACUGUAUACUUACAAGACAGCGUUUGAAAAUACCCUGUAUAUUCUGCAUACAGAGCAAGACAUACAUACAUAUAUGCAACCUGCUGUAGUCUUGUUACCUCACCUGAUGGAACAUUAAAGAUAGUUGUUGAAGUUCAAAUGUCAGAUAAUAUGCAAAACUAAGAUCCCACUCCAUGUUUUUAAUCAUUGUGACUUGCAUCAAGAAAGUGCAAGUGAGGUUGUAGUAGGAAGGGGAAAUUAGUGGAAAGUGAGGAAGGAAGCAGAGGUGCCCUUUGCUUGCAAAAGAGCAGCUUUUGAUCCAAGGCUAUGAAUGAAAAGAUAUCAAAUCUUUUAAUUUUAAUUAUCUUUAACUUACAGUACUCUGAGACAACUAACUGAGCAAAGAAAUAAAUAGAUCUAAACCAUGAAGAUAGGUUUACCCUAACUGUAGUUGGGAUCCAUUGACCUGUUUGGUCUUUGCUCUUGACUCAAGACUAUUUGUUUACCAUAAAUCGAACAGUGCUGAAGAAUCUUUUACUGCACACACCACCAAUUGAAAUUCACAUUUUGAUCCGCAACCAACAAGUAAUAGUACUGAUUGAUUAAUCCUUUUCAACUCUGCAGAUUACAUGUUUCUAUACUCUGCUGUGAGAAGAAAUAGCAUAACAGUAUGGCAACUGAUGUUGACUAUUCAUACUAUCACAGCCUAGAAAUACUAGCUUGUAUUGGGAGCAGAAUAUUGAAACUAACUUUUUAGUGUUUACGUUAAUGCAGCAAGUUCAGGAAAUGUGUCAGUGAAAUAAAGCAGCUUUAAUUUUAACUGAAGGGUUUUAUCUGUCCUAGCAACCUAUAUUCAGUGGAAUGUUCAUGCGUAGCAACAACAUAGCCACUUCAGUAAAGGAGGAGUACAGUAACAAAACAAGUAGCUCCCAUAAAAAGGACUGCAGAAAAAGGAUCUGUUUCUAAGCUCUUUUUGUCUGAGAGCAAUAGUCCAUUUUUACAACAAAUGGUUGAAAUUACAUGUGGGUAUCCUUUUACUUCUGUGUCCAUGACACAGUGCUAGAGCUUCUGAAUAAUAGAAACAAUGAACCCAUCGUCUCUAUCAGGUUAGCAAGCUAGUUCACUGUUGCUUUGCUAUCCUGCCCUCUGUGAAGCUGGGGGUCCCAGGUUGUCUUUUAUCCACAUAAUAGCCUGGACCAGUCUCUUGGUUUAGAUAUAGAAUGACAUCAGGUUUCUUUGCCUCUUGUUAAAUAUAUAUCCUUUUCCUCACAGCAUGUCUUUUAGAAAUCAGCGUUUAUUAUUUAUUUUUACAAUUUGAACCUGACAGUGAACAAUGGCUACUUUCUCUGUUUCUCCCACUCUGGUCCUGUAUUGUGCCUGGGGAAUGUGAACAUGAGAGUACUGUUGCACUCAUAUCCUGCUUGUGGACUUCAUAGAUAAUCUGGCUGGCUCGGUGAGAACAGAAUGCGAGACUAGAUAGCCUUUGCUCCGAUCCAGAUGGGCUCCUCUUAUAUUCUUAGAACAAUCUGCUUCUCUGUUAGGGUGCUUCCACCUGGAAGCCUUCUGCAGGUUUCUGUUCCUUCUUAUUCCACUUUCAUCAGAUUAUGAGAUAGCAGUGUACUGUCCACACCAUUUUAAUUUUUUUAAAAAGCAAACAGCUGAGUUGAAUGUUGUCACCAUCAACAAGCCCAGACUAGAAUGUUUUUAAAGUGUUUCUCCCUUUUCCAUGGGCCAGCAUAGCAGGUCCAGUGGAGAGUUUGGGGCUGUGUGUCAAAUAAUGAAGAUUAUUUGGUUUGGCCAAUGGCAUCAUGAGACCUUGAGCAGCAUGGACCGGGGGAAAAGGAGGAGACCCCUCUUCAGGGUAACAAUCCCAACUGCAGUUACUUGUCCCCCUCUCCUGUAGGCUAGCAGUGCCAUUCCACUAUUUGUUGUGUCACUAAGGUCAUGUUACUUGGUCAUGUCAAGUCAGUCAUUAUAGUCUCUCACCACACUUUUGCAUAUAAUGUGGAUUACAAGGCAUCUAGGCAAGGAUUGUAUCAUUUUUUUCUGUAUAUUAAAUGGAAUAUAUUUAGUAAAAAUAUUAAAUAAUAGCAGUAGAACAGCAUCAUAUUUGAAUUAUACCAGUUACUAGCCCUUUCGGUUUAUUAUUGUUAUAAAAAGUACAUUCUUGAAAAGGUGGGCUUAUUACCUCUGAUGCAUAUUGAAUGCCUGCACUUCAUGCUUUGGGUCUCUGUUCCAGCACAAUGACAAUGGAGGAGCUUCUAACAUCACUACAGAAAAAAUGUCGAACAGAAUGUGAGGAAGUCCAUAGGCAACUGGUGUGUGCUUUGAAUGGAUUAGCUGGUAUUCAUAUUAUUAAAGGUAAAAGUGGCUCAUAAUAGUUUGGUGUAGUUCUUAUGAGUGCAGUAGCACUCAUAUAUUUUAUUCUGAGAGAGAGAGAGAGAGAGAGAGAGAGAUCUUUACUAUUUGGUUAAUUCAGACUAAAUCCAAAGGGCUGAUUUGUUUUGCCUCAGAUUCUAGCCACUUACUAACUUCGAAUAUCCCUUGGCUCUGAGCACCAAACUAAAUUGGGCUAGCUGUGGAAUCUGUUGGUUGUUUCUUAAAUAGCUAAGUACCAGCCCAGGUGUUUAGCCAUUUCUUUAGUAGAGUUACUGGUAAAUACUAAAGGAAAAUGUGUAUGUUCAGGAUACUCAAGAAAUGACAUUUGUACUAUAGCUGCAAGCAAAGCUGCAGAAUUGUAAGUCUGUGGAAGGUUAGGAGGUGUAAGUCACUGAAAUAUUACUUCAAGGUAGACUUGGUACACCAAGUUGCAGGAAGAGAAAUUUAAUCAGAAAUUAAGAUGGCACUUGGGGAAAUACUUGCAUGCCUUUUUAAAGCAGUCAGCAAAGAGGAGGGCAGUUUUACAGGCCCACUCAAAAGUCUGGUGACCCAGCAUACAACUCUGCAUCAGCAUAUGAAGUACUUGAAUCUAACAGGGAAUAGUGACUAUGUACAGUUUUAUUUUAUAUCUCUUAUCUCAAAAAAUAUUUUUUACAACAUUUUAAAAAUAUGUUAACUUUAUCAGUGGCUGCAUACACAAUUUUACUGUUUUGAUCUUAAUGCUACAAUAGGUUUGCCGGUCUGUCUCUGUCAAGCUUCCAUAUGCAAAUAGCCAAACAAUUUAAUAUAAUACUUUACAGUGAUAUUUCUAAGUGUUGGAAAUAGGGAAUUAUUUCUGUUUGGGAACAGACAUAGAAAGUGUCUGUAUCUUCCAUAUCCAGGGUGGGGAGAGGGUCCCGUUGCUUCUACUUCCCUGGAAUGAAAAAUCACAGUGGUAGUAGUAGAAUGCUGUGUUUUAGCUUUGUUUUCACAGUUGGAAAUUUAUUCUCCAGCUCCUUUUCAGUUAUAAUUUGUUUAUGCAGCAUAGAUGUCUCAAAUUAAAGUGCUUACUAAGAAAUCCUGAUGGCACUGCGUGUACAGUUGUAGGUAAUUAGACAUUUGAAAGACAGAAAUCCCAAUACUCCAGUCUGAAAUAUGCUAAUUUUUCAGGUGAAUAUGCAUUGGCAGCAGAUAUGUAUAGAGAGGUGCUGCGUUCCUCUGAAGAGCACAAAGAGAAGCUCAAAACAGAUUCAUUGCAAGUAUGUGCAUAAUCUCUGAAGGCACUCUUUAAACUAGUACAGAAAUUUUGUGGAACUUUUUUUGCCUUUUUCUUGGCUUUUAUGUCUAUUCAUGAGCUAAAAGAUUGAUCACCUGAUCAGCCAUCAAGUACCAACCUCUUUUGCGAAGAGAGACCUGGUAAUGUCGUCAACUUUCAAAAAUCAUCAUUGUCACCAGGCAUAUAUUCUGAUAUUUAGGAACCAGCUUAUAUUAUGCAUCCGUUUAGUUCAAUCUAUCCAUAAGAGGAAAACUAAUUCCUCUGUUUGAAAUAGUGUUACAUCCAACUUCACAUAUGAAUAGGCAGGUGCUAGGCAAGCAUUGGGUUGCAACUAGUGCGUAUACUGCAAGUAAAAACAAUGAUUUCUUCACAAGGAUCUCAUAAUUGUUAAGCACCCUGGAAGUAUGGAAGACCAGGAUAUAAAUAUUUUGAACAGUAAUAAUCUAUGGUACCAGAUGAACAAUGUAAACAGUGAGCUAGGCCUUUCAGCUGGUGAUGGUGGUGUUUUUUUUUUUUUUUUAAGCAUCACUAUAGAAUACCUGUGGGCACCUAUAGUUCUAUAAUGUACAGGAGUCAGUUUAUUACACCAUUACAGGAGUAGAGAACAGGAUCUGGCCAGUGGACCAAGUUUAAGAGUGGGACAGAGAUGCCCACCAACCAAACGCCUAAUUUCAAAAUGUUUUUGACCCUACUUGCCCACAUAGAUUUUGCAGAGAGCUUUUCAAAGGACUGUACAAGACAUGACACUCAGCUGUUUUUUGAAUCUUCGAAGUCUGCUUACACAAUUUCACAUAUGUGCGCUGGGGUUCGGAAUGUAACCCCCACAUAAAUGGAGAGUCACCUGUACUGUUCUUUUCUGUAUAACAUUCAUGUUAUACAGUGUAUAGUGCCAUAACUUUGAGAUGUGGGUAGAAGAUUACUUACCGUAUAUACUUGAGUAUAAGCUGACCCGAAUAUAAGCCGAGGCACCUUAUUUUACCACAAAAAACUGAGGAAACUUAUUGACUCAAGUAUAAGUUGGUUCACCACACCACAAACCUCUCCCCCCCAGCCCCUCCCAUCCCCCUGCCUACCUAGGGUGCUGCCGAGAGGCAGAGGCUCGGGGCAGCAGCGGAGGAGGAGGAAGGAGCAGCCCGAAAGGGCUGCGUUCAGCCUGCUCGUUCCUCCUCCUCCAUCUUUGCCGCUGUUGUAUAAGCCAUGGUUUUUUCCCCGCUUAUAUACACGAGUAUAUACGGUAGUUCUAUGUAGUAAUGUGUUCAUGUUUCUGUGGGGAUUUUACUGCCAAUUUAAACUGCUUAUUGUCCGUAAUUGUCACCAUACGUCAAACUGCUGCCUUUUUUAUUGACAAACGCAGAGACUUCAUUCUACGCACAACUUGAUGGAGCUUCUGGCAGGAAAGCAUCCUGGGAUAUCACCCACUUUGCGCGAUAGCAGGCUUCAAGAAGAGGUGAUUGUACACUGUGUGCACUUCAGUGUGUUUAGGAAUACUUCCUGCAAAAGAAUUUAUAAAAGAAUGUAAUUUGUUAUAGGAUAGCUCCGAGGCCUCUUACAGAAAUGCUUACAAUCCUAAGGUCAAAUGAAAGGAAAUUCCAUGUUUGCCAUAUCUUUCCAGAUGCAGCUACAUUGCACUUUCAAGGUCACAACUGUCAGUAACAAGCUGCAAGAACAAAUGAAUAGUUUCCUUAAGGAGACUGCUGUGCUUAACUUCUUCAUAACCUUAUCCUGGCUAUUGUUGUAGAGUUAAUGCAGUUCUUCUCAAACCUCCACUAACCGUAUUGGGCUGUUAAUAAUAACAGAAAGAGUUUAUGGUUGUGAAGUUGAAGCUAAUUGAAUUGAUCAGUACUUUUAAAGGAUUGCCUUUAGGAAAAGUUUGGCUGGAAUAACUGAAGCUGAAAAACUAGCAAGGCAAGAAUGAAUACCAAUAGAUCAGAUGUUUUGAAGCUGACCAAGUAACUUUUCACAGACGAUGAAAACAAGGAUGUGACAUUUAAUGAAGAACAAACUGUAGAACUGGAACACAGAGUGGGAAUUAGUGGCAAUAGUUGUAGCGUUAUAUUUGAAUAAGAAUUAAGAGGGAUAACAUGCAAGUCCAUUUGGAUAGGAACAAUGAUUUGAAGGCAAGAUUUCAUGAAAAUACACACUAAAAUGAUGGCAUCCACUCAGGAGGCUGGUAAGCUUUUGUCUUGCUUAGGUGAGGCUGUUCUACCUUCAGUUGAUUGCUGAUAGAGAAGAGCCAGCUAGGCACACCCUCAAACCCUGACAAGUUCUUUCUUUUAUCAUCCUUUGCUAGCUACUACAAGUGCCUGAGUCAUGUUUCAGGUUGUACAAAGGAGCAUUAUUUAUUAACUUUAUUUGGAAAAUUCAUAAAUCGCUUGAUAUAUAUAUAUAUCCAAGCAAUGUACAGAUAAAAUGUGGCAAAAAACCCUAUUAAAAAUAAAUAUGCAGAAGAUAAUGAUUUUUUAAAAAAUGAUAAAAUCAACAAAACUUUUAAAGCAGAUGUUUCUUGAUAGGCUUGCUAAAAUGGGAGAGUUUACAGCAUGUGUUUUAAACAAUGUAGUAAUGGUGCUUUCUUAAUGUCAGUAGCCAGGGAAUUCCAGGGCACAUGCCACACAUGGAAAAACCCAAUCACAAAUGCACAACAGGCAGCUUAUGGGACUGCAAAAGUUGUAGUUCUGCAGAUCAAAGGGAUUGAAUAGGCACAUGUGGGGCAAGGUGAAUUUCUUAAAUAAACUGGUCCCAAGGAAUUAAGAGUUUUAUAUACCUUAAUAUCAGUUUAUUUUGCUGAUGUCAUUAAAACAUCUAAUGCUUAAUAUAUGCUAGCACUAACGAGGUGAUAGACAGGAUCUCUGCCCAGAGUUGAAAUUCACAAUGUUAAAGGUAAUUAUCCAGAUAAGUGUUAGGGACAAAGUAAUAUUUCAUUGUUGUCCAGAACUGGUAAGUUACAUCUGUUGUUGAUGAUAUUCAAAUAAACUUGCAAUAUUCCAGAUAAACCUGAAUAUCUGUUCUAUUUAGAAAAGCUGUGUAAGUUUCUCUGUGUUCUAGGGAUAAGGGCAGUCCUUACUGAAAUAUGGCUUUCAAAGAAAAUAUUCCCUAUGGUUGGUUGGUCUUACUUACUAUGGCUUGCCCAUAGACUCAUAGAGUUGGAAGGUACCCCGAGGGUCACCUAGUCCAACCCCCCUGUGAUGCAGGAAUCUCAACACAAAUGUCUCUUGAGUCCUUCUGUAGAUUUUGUUGUCGGUAGCAGCUAUGUUCAUAUGUGAUUCUAGCUUGGUAUAGCAAUUUAUGUUGUGGCCUUUCUGGAGAGUGAAAGUAAUUAAAAAUGGCCUAACACUCUUCUAAAAAACAUAGUAUUCUAUUUCAUCUACAUUCACUGGUAAUAAUGUAUCAACUAUUAACUAACAGUGUUGUAAGUAUUUCAGUGUUUGGUGUCUUUCUCUUUCUGUCAUUUAAAAAACAGUGUGAGCAACUCCGUCAACAUUAUAUGAGCAAAUCAAACGCAGAAGUUUCUGAAGCCCACCAGGCUUUGCAACCAGUGCUACAGACAAUCCAUGAACUCCAGAAGAAAGUAAGAUUUUAGUAAUAUUUUUGACUUGCCUUUUGAUGAUAUGUGAGCUAUGUGGGAUUUGUAUACAGUGGUACCUCAGGUUAAGUAUUUAAUUCGUUCCGGAGGUCCGUACUUAACCUGAAAUUGUUCUUAACCUGAAGCACCACUUUAGCUAAUGGGGCCUCCUGCUGCCGCCGCAGCACGAUUUCUGUUCUCAUCCUGAAGCAAAGUACCGGUACUUAACCCGAGGUAAUAUUUAUGGGUUAGCAGAGUCUGUAACCUGAAGAAUAUGUAACCUGAAGCAUAUGUAACCUGAGGUACCACUGUAAAUCUCUAAAAAUGUGCCCAUGAAAAGAUUCCCUACUGCAACAAGGUGGAUCAGAAAUGGAGUUCUUGAAAAUUGGCCUUCAGUGGGCUAUAUCCAAUGCUGCAGUUCCAUUAAUGCAACAGACUUCCACAGUGCAGGUGAAUUUCUACCCGUACAACAGGACUCUCUGUGGUUCUCCUGCUCCCUGCAGCCCCACUUGUGCCUUCAGAAGUCUGCUCCAGAGCAGAUGUUUGUGGAUGCAGAGAGGGAGGGAGCAAGGAGAGGAAGGGAAAGUCCUGUUAUGUGAAUUAAAAUGUGCAUGCCAGUUUUAGAUACAACCAAUGCAUUGUUCUUCCACAGAGUUUGUACGGAAUAAUGUAUGUUCACGUUUCUCUCUGCCUCACUCCUGUCCAUAAACAUUUAAGAUGCAUGAAUUGACCUGUGAAUAUACAAGUUAACAGCUUCAGUACAUGCAAAUGUUAUAAAACUUUGGAACUGCCCCAAUAAAAUAGAUAAAGCAAAUUUUCUUUAUCAUGGAUUUUUUCUGUUCCUCCAAGGAGCUCAUUCCAUCUUAGGCUAAUUUACUUCACACUUGACAAUGGACAAAAGAGCAUGUUUGGCUGAAGCUCAUGGCUGAUCCUUCUGAGCCUAGUCUGACACUCUGUUUGCUGCUGCACUCUACAAGACACAUUGUGCGCUGGGAUGAUAAUGAACACUGAUGGCUAUGUUCAGGCAUAACACUGUGAUGUGAAUGAGCCUGGGGCUUGCACACAAUUCCCCUUCUGCCUUGGCAUGGCCACAAGGAGUUCAAAAGGUUUCACUUCCCUUUUUGCUUAUCCCUGGCAUCUUGUUUAAUUCAAACUGACAAGUUGCUAGUUUAAAAGAAGCCAGCUCUUUCCUCCUCUUUGCAUUGGAGGGGAGAGUACGAGUUUCUGAGGCUUACGUAUGCUCAUUCACAACACUCUAAACCAAGGUUUAUUUUAACAUCCAAACGCAUCCACUGUGACUUCCUCAAUGAAUCACAUUUGCAUUUGUUUCUUCAAAUGUAAGUUGAGCAAUCGCUUAUACCAGGUGUGGAACAGCAAGAUCAAGGGUAGUGUCAUUUCUGUAAUCCUUAAACAAAUGGUGUUUCACUUGGAGAUGCUUUGUUUCUCUAAAACUAAUAAAAAGCAGUUCUCCAGAUGAGACUUGCUUUUCUCUCUAAGAAGCAAAAUUACUUUAAGGCAAGAAUAUGUCAGUUUUUAACACGUAGCUCCUCAAGGAAGAUCUUAGGAAAUAAUUCACUACAAUAGGCCUUUCUCUUUUAAGCCUCAUUUUGGGGUGUAACAUAUGAAGAAAGGGGGGAAGUACUCAUGUCAUUAAAGAGAUAUGCUCACCUAAUUGCACUGUUUCCACAGUUUCAAAUAUUCCUCAUUUAUUUUUCAUUGUUAAAUCUAGCUACUGAUUUGUCUCUCGCUGUCUUAAACGCUACAGAAAAUAAGUAAACAGAGUAAGAGAAAAUACUUAAACAAUUGUUUAUAUUUAAAAAUCAGUUUUGAAAUUAUCUAAGAUGACUGCAGUGUGUCAAAAUUUACCUGGGGAAAAGCUGCUGGUCUUGUAUUUAGUCACAAAAAAGUGUGUGUUUCUCAGGCAUGUCUUUUUAUCACACAAGAUGUGGCACAUGUAUUUAUGGGCCUAUUUUCUGCACCUAGAUGCGCUCCAAUUCACCUUGGUGGUUGGAUGUGAUCCAGUCAGCAAUACAAUAUGCUAUUGAUGAGGAGCUUGUUCAACGGGUGCAAAACGAUCUUACUAGCAAUUACAAACAACAAACUAAUAAACUCUCUAUGGCAGACAAGUAAGUCAGCAGCUACAAAGGUAAUGUUCCUUAUCAUAAUUCUCAAGUUUUACUCAGUUUGUGACAGCUCAUACACCUUGCCCCAGGCACUGCUUGCUUGCAAACAUCUGGGCUAUCAUUUAAAAUUUGAAAAUGCUUCAAGCGAUGUAUGUAUCCAAAUACAACUUUGGUUUUCAAAAAUGUAAGUCUUCUGUUCCCUUUUAUUUUGAUUUAAAUCUUAGUUGUGCAUUAGGUGUAUUUUUAUGUUUGAGAUCAUAGUCUAUGGAUUCAUUCAUCUCUUUAGCAAUUAUUUUUGCUCUGGAGCGUAACAUUAUUUUUAAAAAAAUUACAUCAUUUCGCUCUUAAAGCACCAUUUUCUAGGAAUAAGUAGAAUUGUAUGUAUAUUUUAAAAUAUCAGCUUGGUAUAUAUUGCAUUGGUGUAUGCUCUACAUUGACUUGCCUUUUCAGAAAACUGCAAUUGUCUUGUAUAGGCACAUUACCUCACUUAUAGGCUACUCACAGAGAUCGCUCUGCAUUCUGCCAAAAGUCAAAAGCAGAAAUGUUUGCAAGCUGUUAGCCACAUAGCCAGUUCUGAAUGUUCCCCUGAUAAAAAUUUGAAGUAAGGUUUGCAUCCUCAUGCCAUUCAGCCAGAAGAAGUUGCAUACAGUAUAUGGGCCGUGAGUCAAUCCAGUGAUUUCAAAAUAAAGUUUUGACUUUUCCUGUUUUUGCUAGAUUCCGUGACUGCAGGGGUCUUCAGUACCUGCUCACAACUCAAAUGGAAGAAGUGAAGAAAUUCCAGAAACGUGUGAGAGAGGCUGUGAAAAAACUGGAGGGCCCUCCUUCCAAAGAGGUUAUUGAGGCUGCCACUAUCUGCCAUCUGCGCCCUGUGAGGUUGCCCCUAAACAAGUAGGUGUGAAAACACCUAGACCUCUGUCACUGGGAUUCCAAUUAGCAUUUCUUCUAAUAAUGAGACACAUAUCCCACAACUGAAGUGAAGCAAUCAAGUGUGUGCAUGGAUCCUGUUGAGUUUUUAAAAACCUAAAUAUAUUUUUCUGAUUCUCAUGUUAUAUUUCUUAUUAGGCAUCUCAGUGGGGUUAGUUUCCAAAUCUUUUUAUUAAUUGAAAGUAUACUGAUACCAAACUUUGGAAAAUUUAAUUGUUUAUUGAUCUUCUAAAUGUUUCUCUUUGUAAUAUCUUGUAUUCCAGCUGUGUCUUCUGUAAGGCUGAUGAAUUGUUCACAGAAUAUGAGUCAAAGCUCUUCUCCCAUACGUAAGUGAUUUUCUCCCUUUUUGUGCACUUGUGAUGAAAGCAAACUUCUUUCAUAGAUCAGAAAGCAGUUUCUGCUGUGACCUUCUAUAUCCUUUCUGGAUAGAAACAAGGUUCCUUCUCUUUGAGAGCUGCUCCACCUCUUGGGAGUGUGAAACUCAGGUGAAUUAUGUUCUCUUUCACUGUGUUCUUGUGAGGAGAAUUGGUAUAAGUUUUAAAAUAAGGUCACUAUAUCAAGCACUGUAGCGUUUGUUUGCCUAUUAUCUUUGAUUUUAUUAAGAUUCAUAUGGACUUCAGAUAUGAUGACUACUCUAAUUCUUCUACAUUAUUUAAGUGUAAAGGGACAGAUGGCAAUCUUUGAAGAAAUGAUAGAAGAUGAAGACGGUCUGGUUGAUGACCGCUUACCUACCACAAGCAGAGGUCUCUGGGCAGCAAGUGAAACUGAGCGCUCUUUGAAAGCUAUACUGUCUUUUGCCAAAGCUCAUCGAAUAGAUGCCAAGGCAAUUGAAGAGGGCAGCAUCUUCUUGGAACUUUUUGAAGCAUGGAAAAAGGAAUAUAAGGUACAACAGUCAGAAGAAAUCAUGGUGAAAAGUUCAGAACAUAAGGAGCAUUUUAAGUUGUUUGGUUGAUAUGCAUAUAGACAACUCAUGCAUAACAGUCAUAGCGAUUGAUUGAUUUGUAAACCUCCUUUCCACAAAAACAUGCUUAAAGCUGCUUACAAGAAUUAUAAUGACAAGAGUCAUAAAACAGCAAUAUAUCAUGGUGGCGCUGUGGUCUAAACCACUGAGCCUCUUGGGCUGGCUGAUCGGAAGGUUGGCGGUUCGAAUCUGUGCGACGGGGUGAGCUCCCAUUGCUCUGUCCCACCUUCUCCCAACCUAGCAGUUCCAAAGCAUAUCAUCCAGGGGUCCUUUACCUUUAACUUUUACCUAACAGAUAAUCAUUUCAUACAAUGAUAAUUUAUUCAAUAAAGAAUAAGGAUGGUAAUAAUACAUAGCACAUACCACCACAACAUUUCAUAUGUGUGAUCAGUAUGUAUAUUCUUAUUGCUGUGUUAGGCAAUUGUCACAAGCCACCAUGACCCCUUGCAUUGCAUAAUCUUUUGACUUCACUGUUCACAGUUGUUUUCAUUUGUGUGGAGAUGCACAUAAUGUAAAUGGUCUCAGUGGGCAAAUAUGUAACCAAAUAUGUUGGGUAACAUAUACUCAAAAGGUCCUGCUCUGAUUAAUGAAAGGGUAUGCCACAACAAAAUGGUUAAUGUGCCACAGAGCUCUUUGUUAUAGAUGUUCCCAAAGCAGUUUUCUCUAAACUAAAGGGCUCAUUUUGAAAUGUCAUUCCCAGCUCUUCAUUGCUCAUGUCUCAACCCUUAAGUGCAGGAUGGAGGCUUUGUCAUUCAGGCAGUCAAAUUACUGGUGCUAAUCAGCCAUUUAUGACAUUAAUGUCCUUCUAGUGUUGCAAGUGGGGAACAAAUUGUCUCUUCACAUAUGGUUGCUUUGAGGACACAUAUGGAGACCUGUUACCAGUGACAAAAAAGGCUGUGCAUUUGUUUCUUCCAUCUGUCCAGUACUAGUAAACUUUCAAUUGGCUAUGUAGCCUUUGCAGUACUGUACCUGGUAACUCUACCAAGGCCUCGCAUUCUGUGCUGCAUGGCAGCAGCAUUUAAAAACUGAAAAUUGAUUCCUGUGAAGGCAUUUUUAAGUUGAUAUAGUUCUUUAUUCCUCAAACUAUAGCUGUUGGCUAAGAGAAUGAAUUGUAAACUAGGAAGCUGUAGGUUAAGUCUCAUUUUAGGCAGAAAUUAAGUAGUCUUUAGGCAAGAGGUAGUGUCACAGCACUGGAUCCAUAGCUGCAGUUUGGGGAUGAUAAUAAUACAGGCUUACUUCCCUAGGUCAUUGUAAUGAUAUAUACAUGAUAUAUGUGCUAAGAGUACUGUACCUUUAAAAUAUUGACUUACAUUUUCUCUAGUUUGGCUAUGUUUCAAGUUAUUUUGUGAAAGCAGGCUUUUUAUUCUGUCUUUGGACCCUUUAAAAGCAAUAACAACCAGGAAUUGUGCAUACUGAAGUGUGCUUAGUUUUGCGAAAAUAGCUGGUUUUCCCACUCAUAGCUAACACAGAAUUUCUAGUUUACUGUAACUUUCUUCUGUGUACCUGUGUGGGUGGGUGUGCAUAUGUUUUGCACUACAAAGUACAGUAAUUUUACAGUGCAAAGCUGUAAUUUUCCAUUAGAUUUUUUUCUGUUGGUGUUAUUUUGAAAUCCUUAGUGCUGGGACACAGAAUUAUUUGUUAACCACAGGUUACUGUGCUGCUGCUGAUUAUCUUUUUAUCUUCCCUUCAGCUGCUUCAUGAAUAUUGGAUGGUCCUCCGAGAUCAUGUGUCUGCCAUUGAUGAGCUUGCCAUGGCUACAGAACGGUUUAGAGUGCGUCAUCCGGAAGAGCCAAAACCCAACCACCCUGUUCUUCACAUAAUUGAGCCACAUGAGGUGACAAGAUUGCAUUGUAUCUGAAAAACAGUAGUGCUGAUUAAGCCACCAUUUGGGACUGCUGCUUGCCACUAAACAGGACUUUAAAACCUCAGUCCUGCUGUUUGUUGAAUGUUCUUUUUUUAGCAUCUCUUCAUUGUUUUGGGACUAGAUAUAACUUGCACACCAGGAUUAUGUGUUUAUUGUAUUAUAUCUAGAGAUUGCCUUAAUGAUCACUGAAUGGUUCCAUUUCUUUUCUAGGUAGAACAAAAUCGAGUGAAACUCCUGAACGACAAAGCAGUUGCCAAAUCACAGCUUCAGAAGAAACUGGGCCAGCUCCUCUACCUCACUAAUUUGGAAAAGGUAAGGUUGACUUGCACCAUUUCCAAAUUACAUUCAUGCGGAACCCUCUAUUACCUUGUAGAUACGAUUUUCUCUUUAAUCUUCCCUCGUAUUGUUUGAAUAUCUAAAAGAAAGAAAUGAGGGAACAGGGAUUCCUACUUUGCAUUGGCGUUAUCCUCAAAGAGAUUCUUGGAGCCAAGACAAGAAAAGCUGUGCUGAGGUUCUGCAGAUUUUACCUCAUACCUUCAAGUAUGUCCAGUAUGGAUUUAAAGGGUACAGGAUAGACUCAAAACUAUGACUCCUUAAACAGCUGUAGAUACCUAUUGCAGAUGUUUGUAUAGCUAUGUCAAGAAGCAGGAUACCUUCCAGACUGUGCUUCAUAGCUCUAAAUAAUACAGUGGACCCUCCGGACAUGAACUUAAUUCGUUCCGGGUGUCUGUUCGCACCCCGAAAAUUACUUAAGUAGAUGCAGCAUUUCUGUGCAGUUGAGCGCUUCUGUGCAUGUGUGAGGCACGCAGAGUGCUUCUGUGCAUGCGCAAGGUGCGUAGAGCGCUUCCGGGUUUGCCGUGUUCACAACCCGAAAGUUACGUUACCUGAAGGUAACAUAACCCGAGCGUCCACUGUAUACAAAUUGCUAACCUUCACAUAAUUGGGACUUACAAAUUGGGACAGCUGAUUUGAAUCACUGCAAACUGCUCUAAUUAAACAAAAGGAAAAAUCUCAUUCUUCCUUUAAUGCCAGCUUUGUAAUUUUUAGAUCAUAGUUAUGAGAACUAUGCAAGCCAUUUUUUGCACAAAAUGUUAUGAGAACUAUGCAAGCCAUUUUUUGCACAAAAUGAAUUCAUUCUCUCCCUCUCUUAUAUACAUGAACUUACCAUACUACAUAGCUAGCUAAUUCUCGGGGAAGUUUCAAAACCAGUUUGAAAUACUGAAGCAGGCUGUUGCCUAAAUGAUAAAAAAGACAGAAGUCCCACUGGGCUUGUACAAGCUCUUGGACACACCUAAAAUUGUCUGAAUUGUAUUUUAAAAUCAUGACUCAGAAUUAAACCCCCCCCCCCCCCGGUUGCCCCUUGGAAGUUUUAAUAGUUUUCCAUGGAGUUGUUUGCAUUCAUCAACCAUAGUGCUUUAAACAAUUCUUUUUAAACAAUAUCUCUCAUAGAAAUCCUAAAGUGGAUCACUGAAUCUCAGACAGCAUUUUCUCUUUUAGUUUUAUAACUCCUGAAAAAUACUGGCUUGAAUCCAAAUAUGCCCUUCUGGUUACAGAAGGGCUGUUGACCGAGAGAGAGAGAGAGAGAGAGAGCACAUAGCAUGAGAAAGUAACCCCAAUUCAGAAAAGAUUUUUCUUUUUCCACAAGUUUAUUAAUGGAGUUUGUAUGCUACAGCUUGUAUUGUAUGGUUCUCAUACUGUAAUAAUGUAAUCCCAAGUACAUUAUGGUACUGCACUGUAAGAUGUCUUCCACAAGCUUGCACAAGAACACUUGGAUAGCACUAACACACACAUGAGUCUUUGAAUCCAAGCUAUUGCUUUUAUUUUUCCAGGUAUUGAUUUAUUUUUAACAUACUUACAAACAGGUCCUAUAUAAUGAAUUGCCAAACUUACCACACUUUAAAGUUGUUCCAGCUUCAAAUCAUUUGUAAGAUUACUUUAAGUAUUAAUUUACUUUUACUCCCUUACCCAAAAUGUUUUUCUUUAAUACUUCCAUAGUCUCAGGAUAAAACAACUGGAGGAGUGAAUCCAGAGCCAUGUCCAAUUUGUGCACGGCAACUGGGAAAACAGGUAAGACAUUCACCUAUGGAUUUUUCUGUAGAGGAUCUUAAGAUUUCAUAUUUUUAAAGUUAGUGCCAACCAAACUUCCCUGGGGAGAGCAUUCCACAGAGAACCACCACAGAAAAGGCCCGUUCUUGUGUUGCCACCCUCUGGACUUCUUUCGGAAGAGACACCUGAAGGGCCCUUGAUGUUGAUGACAGGGUCCAGAUUGGUUUAAGUUGUGUUUUUAUGCUCUAUUUGUAAUUAUAUCCAUUUCACUAACUCCUUGUUUUUUACCUUUCUUUUGACUUUAUAAUCAAAAGCUCCUUGUGUGUAAAUAGAUAGAUAGAUAGAUAGAUAGAUAGAUAGAUAGAUAGAUGAUAGAUAUAGAUACAGUGGUAGUUUGGAUGCCAAACGUAAUCCAUUCCAGAAGUCUGUUUGACUCCCAGAAUGGUUCAGAAACUAAGGCAUGGCUUCCGAUUGGCUGCAGGAGCUUCUUGCACUCAAUCAAAAGCCGCGGAAGCUGCGUUGGAUGUUUGGCUUCCAAAAAACGUUUGCAAACCGGAACACUCACUUCCGGGUUUGUGGCAUUCGGGAGCUGAUUUGUUCGGUAGCCAAGCCGUUUGACAACCAAAGUACAACUGUAUAUAGAUUUAUAGAGAUAGAUAGAGAGAUAUGAGAGAUUUUUCUGAUUAUUCCAGAGAUCAGUGUACAGUUGGGGUAGCAACAUCACUAAUGGCUUCUUCCCUGAUUCAUGCCUUUAGUAUCCUUAAGUAAUGUGUACAUAUUAAUUGCAACCAGCAUUGUAGAUGGAUUUCUUCAUAGAACUUAAAUUCGAAUGUUUAAAAAUUAAAAUUUUCUACUUAGUUCUAAUGUAUUGUCAUGUUUGCAUAUGAACUCCAACAUCACAUAUGUCUUUGCACUUACUUGCUGUUAUUUCUCCCUCUAGUGGGCAGUGUUGACAUGUGGACAUUGCUUCUGCAAUGAGUGUAUAGCUAUUAUUAUAGAACAGUACAGUGUUGGCACCCGCAGAAGUUCAAUCAAGUGUGCCAUCUGCAGACAAACAACAUCACAUAAAGAAAUCUCCUAUGUCUUCACUGCAGAGGCAGCAAACCAAGAAGAUGAUAUACCUGUGAAGGUAAACUGUCAUACAGAUGGGCACUUCUUAUAUUGAUUCAAGUUUCUAAUAAUCCUGUAAGAGUAUUUACAUUUUUCUUACUUGGAAGAAAGUUUAGAUGCCAUGCUGACUGGCAACAAACCUAGAUUUUUAGGAGGGAAACCAAAUGACUGAUUUUUAAUGUUUUAGUAUGUUUGUUUGAACUGAGUUUUCUGUAAACUUAAAAGUUGUGGCCUCAUUUAAUCCCAAUACUGCUGUCCCGUGUCUUAUUUUGUGUUACUUUACAUGUGCCUGCUCCACUGCACCUCAGUCCGCAACUAAUUACUUUUAAUUAAAAAAAAAAAAUCACAUGGAGGUACUUCUAUUUGAAUAACAUUUUUGUGAAAUGCUUACAAUGUUUCUAUGUAACUUUUAAAAAUAGGAUAGAUUUCUUUAUGGAAAUCAUUUAUGGCAAAUUUCACUGUAUAUAUUUAUAUAAACAAACAUAUAAACACACAGUGAUACUGAAUGACUUUAAUCAGAUGUGAACUAUAUAAAGGAAACAUAAUCUUCAAUUUCUUUUUCAAAGGGAAGUCACUCCACCAAAGUGGAAGCUGUGGUCAGGACUCUAAAGAAAAUCCAGUUCAAAGAUCCAGGAGCCAAAUCCCUAGUUUUCUCAACGGUAUAUCUAAAAGUUUUAAAAAUUAAAACGUACAUUAAUCAAAAGGUGGUAUAUCGCUAGAUUGUUUAUUUCAUACAUUUUGUUUACUGCUCGAUUGUAAAUGCACACACACACCUCAAAGCUGUUUGGAUUGGGUGAUGGUAUAGCUAAUGAAGAUAAUUUUAAGUUAAGAUGAAAUUAGGAUACAUGGGAAAGUAUAGCUUCUUGUUUUCUUCCCACCUAUUUUAGAUGCUGGGUGCUCUGAUAAGUACCAUCUUGUUUGUAAUAUGGAAAUAUCUUCUUUUUAUAUUUUAUAGUGGCAAGAUGUGCUCGAUAUCAUUGCAAAAGCGCUAUAUGAUAAUAGCAUGGAGUUUGCUCAAAUCAAUGGAAUUAACAAAUUUCAGGUAUGUUUCUUCAACUGCUCACUGAUGGUAAUUUAAUCCUUUGCUUUGUCUUGAGAGUAACAUUAUGAGGAUUUCAGAGAACAGACGUCUGCCGGAACAUAUUGGGAGAGGAUUCACCUAACAAGUCCCAUUAGCAGAAGCCCUGCUCCAGGGUUUCUACUUGCACAACGGAGCUUUCUCCUGUGCAUUCCUGUGCCCCCAAAACUGGGGGGGAGGCAAAUUCCCAGGACUAGGAGGUAGGGAGAACAGGGGAGAUUGUUCCAUCUGGCAAGCUGAAAUGCUUGUCCUGAAGGAAUGAUCAGAAGACUGUGACAUUGUAUUUGAGCUGAUAGCACCUAGCACUUGCUUGGCGCGGAAAUAAAAAGAAUUAAACUGUCAGAGAGCUAGGCUAAUUUUAGAGCUACUAGAAAGAUAAUGCCUACUCCCUGUUAAUUGCAGCUAAGCAAGUCAAAUAACUCAGGAAUGUGGAUGUAACCCCACCCCCAUUGUGUCUGGACCAAGCUCCAUCUGAAAAACCCCCCUCAUGCCCACCUAGCACAUUUAAUCUCUGAGGUCAUCAGAAAGAAAGGAGGCAGCAGCCAGGUAACCCUCUAUCAUGCCUGAAUACAUCUGCAGCUGUACUUCAUGCCCAGGCACCCUUCCCGCAUAUCUGUGCUAAGGUAUAGUGCACACCUGCUCUCUCUGUCUCAACACUCUCACAUCACAUCUAGCCUAAGACUGUUUAUUGUGUUUUAAUUAUUUACAGUGAUUUUAAUUAGUCUUGUGUCUGCUUAGGGAGCCAAUUUUGGUUUAUAACUUGGGAUUAAAAUUUAAUCACCCAUUGUUCAUGUUCAUCGCUGCUGUGAAGUUAACAGUGGCUAAGGUUUCCAUUUCAUGCAAGCUUUGAAACCCCUUCUGACUAGCUUCAGGUCCUUUGCUGCAGUGGUGAUGAGCUGCUUAAUCGCAGGGAAGUGAGGAAGGAAAAUUAUUCUUCCAGAGCUGCAAGGGAAGGAAUAGUUAUAGUCAUUGUUAACAGGAGAGAGUUAUUGAUAUAUGUGCACCAGCCCUAAGUAUUCUCGGGUUGUGUAUGAUCCAUUACCUCUCAGAUACACUCUGUCUUUGUAAAGAAUUUAGGAUUCAAGGGUCACUAGUCUGUCACACUUUAUACCAGCUGAAUUUGUUCUUAAAUAUACAGGGAUCUGGUGAAGUUUUGAAAAUAUUCUUUAUUUUGCCUUUCAGGAAAAUCUAUCUGCAUUUAAGUAUGAUCCCAAGAUCAACAUAUUGUUAUUGCCUCUCCAUACUGGCUCAAAUGGAUUGAAUAUUAUUGAGGCAACAAAUGUCCUCCUAGUAGAACCUAUCUUGAAUCCAGCACAUGAGCUACAGGCCAUUGGCAGAGUGCAUCGCAUUGGGCAAACUAAGUAAGGAUCAAAACUGUUUUGGGCUCACCUAACUGCCACUUAAUGCAGUGUAUGUAUAACCACUCUGAGGUUUUCUACAAUUAAGCGGUAUAUAAAUUCUAGGAAAUAAAUUAACUAAAUGCAGCGUUAGGGUGUCACAUAGUGUACGACUAUAAAUUGCGAGUAAGUGGCAGGUCAGUAGAAACAGGAAGUACCAGCAGAACCAACCACUUGCCAAUAACCUGAUCUCAUUAUGACAUUGGCUGGUCAACACCUGUCAAAAUUUCUGUAGCCAGUAUUGUCCUAAAGCUACAUUAUAAUUCUAGCAUUUUCUGAAACAUAAGUGGUUUAUAAUACACAUCACAUGCUUGUUGUUGGAGCUAUUAUAGAGUAAGCAAUAAAGACUAUGAAGGCUGUAAUCCUAAACUCCCUUUCUAGGGAGUAAGCCCAUUGAACACAGUGAUCUACUGCGUAAACUUGUAAGGGAUAUCCUUGUAAGUGUAACAACGUGUGCUGAAUAGUCUUUUCUUUCCCCCAAAAAAAAUUCAGGCCCACAAUUGUUCAUAGAUUCUUAAUCAAAGCAACAAUUGAAGAAAGAAUGCAGACAAUGCUGAAAACUGUAGAAAGGAGGUAAGUAAAGCCUGUCUAUACAAUAUUUCAUUUUUCAAAUUUGUAUUCAAAUUUGCAAGGGCAGCUACCCCAGACAUAGAAACUGAAAUCCUAGACACUUACUGCUAUGUAAGUAAGUCCUAGUGAACUCAAGAGGACUUACUUCUGAGUAGAUAUGCAUGGUGUUAGAAGCCAGAAAAAAAUGUUAACAAAAAUGUAUUGUGGUGCAAGAAGGGGAGGCAUUAUGCAAGUGAUAUUUCUGCAGUCACAAAUGAUUACGAAUUUCUACACAGUACUCACAAAUGCAACAAGUGGGCUUGUUGCCCAAAGAAUAUUGCUUUCCCCAAGCAAAAUAAAGCCCUUUGAAGUAUUGUGGAAAUCAAACCCCUACAGCAGAAGAGUUUCCCUAAGGAUCAAACAUUUGAAUCCUAGGCAGUAAGGAACUGCAUGCACACUUAGAUAUAAACUGAUCCUAUGGUAAUGGUUCUCUGGUUUGUCCUUCUAAUUUGUAUGUAUUUCCAGAUCUUUCAUGUAUAUAGAAAGCCCUAGAAUCAAAACUAGUGGUGUGGUUUGCCAUCACAUACAUUCAAACUUUACUCCUCAUUGGCAUUAUUUUCAGGCUACUGGAACUGAAGGGCUUGGGGGCAUUUUUCCAAACAAAAUUAAGACAGAGUGAAUUUACUUUGAAUUUUUGUAUUGUCUGAUAUUCAUAGCGAGCCCACAUUGUCAGGUAACAUGCAAAGCAGUGUGCACAAAAAUCAGUGCGGGUUGUUACAGGUGGAGAACUAUAUACCUGUUUACCAUUCACAAGCACAAAUCGGCCUUUUCUGUAAGUCUGCUUUUACGAUAAUAGAGCAAUCUAAGUUGGUUUUUGACCAUCUUUUGCCGGUAACAUAGCAUGUUGAUAACAACUCUCAUAAGGUUCUUUAAAUACACAAAGGUUGUUUCAGUAAAAGAAUAUAACAUUCUUUUGCAUAUAAAAUUCAGCAACUUUCACAACUUAAUUUUGUGAACCUUGAUAAUACAAAAAUGACUAAAGCAAAAAACUGGCUUAGAAAGAACACAGUUCACAAAGCAGCUUGUCCUUGCAAACCUACUUUUGACUAUUUUCUUCAGGUAAAUAGACAGCUUGGUCCACCUUUAAAACCCAAUGCUGUGCUUUUGAGACUCUCCUUUUCAACCAGGAUCAUUGCAACAUAAACCUCUUUAGUAGAGCUGCCUCUUGUAUUUAAUGAAUGUAGAUGUGAGCUACAUUUCUCAUAUUUUAAAAUGUAUUUUUCCCUUCUCCCCUCCGAUGUUCCCUCAUCCCCCAAAGCCACUCUAGUUCUUCCAUGAAGCAGUCGGAGGCCUCUGUGUUAACAGUAGCUGAUCUCGCAGACCUUUUCUCAGCAGAAACGGAAGAACUUGAAUGAAGCAAUGGAUUUCAUGCUCUUUUGAGACCAGAAGAGGGCCAUAACCUACUUGUUUUCUAAGCAACACAAUACAAAUAGCUAACUUCAGAGGUUCCUGUAGAUGUCACUAAACACCCACCCUUAUUAGGCUUCCAUGAACUGAUAAGUCUUUUUAACAGUUUCCUCUAAGUUAUGUGGUUGUGGAUUUCUCCAGCACAUUUCUGUUAAGAAGAAAACUUGCACUUUACACAAGCACUACAUUAAGUAUAGCUUUGCACUUCCAAAGAACAUGAACACCCCAGUCCAGCUUUUGUUUUGUGAUUUAAAAAAAUAAAAUGUAUGACUAGUUGUGCCAGAAAAUGGAUGGGGAUUCACAUACCAUUGAAAGCAAGGAGUAUGAGUAGAUAGUAUCCAUACUCAGAUGUACAUCUGAGUUAUCCCUGACAUUCCUAAACCGACAUGAGACUUGUUUGCUCAAGGUGUUUGACUAGACAUUGAGGAAAGAAAGCUUUGCAUGGCAGAAAAGAGUGUGAAAAUCAUGAAGCAAUUCUUUUGCCUUCAUUUUAUUCCUAGAAUUAAUUACUAAAAUAAGUUAGUGAGUAAGCAAAUCUUUUUUCAGAAAGGGCUUCUAGCGGUGCUGACAUAUUAUCAUGCAAGUUUUACCAGUUAAUCCUAGCUACUUAUUUUUAGACACCACUUUGGCAUUUGUAAUCAUUUUCUAGUUAUUUAUGCUGUGAUAUGUUAUAGAAAUCUGAAAAUAAUUUGCUUGUUUAUAUUUAAACGUUUGCUGUUAAUGUCUGCUCUUCUCUUGAUAAAUUAUGCCUUUUGUAUGAUCUUUUGUCUUGAAAUAAUAGCUGAAAACAUCUGUUUGAUAGAUUUUUAAACAUUCUUACAUUCUUGUUUAAAUUUUGGAUUCUUGUAUCCUAUUAAACUGGUAAAGCUUC